AUGGAUGUUUUGGCACCUACUGCCGAAUUGUCAUCACAACCGCCUUCACCAGAAUCAAUGUUACCGGAUGAUGAUGACAUGGACGAUAUAAAGCCACCGGUCAGUUAUAAAGCUAUGUAUGAGGGUGGAUCGGAAUCGAAGUAUACCGAUAUGGAAUGGUCUGUGGAACUACGAUACUGGAUUGUACUUGUUGUAUUCAUAUCUUUACUCAUUAUUUACCGUAGUUUGUUGCCUCCUCUCCAAUGUGACACCAAAUUUCAAUAG